AUGUUGGAUGCAGCUGGUGAAGUGGAAUUAAAAGAUGUUGAAGAGGAAGAUGUGCCGGGCCUUUUAGAACUUCUGAGACAUCUGUCUGAUUCACCAGAUCUAAAUUUGUCUGUCUCGCGUGCAAUUAUUGAUGCGCGUCGUCAAGCCGGCAUAGUAACGAGAGUACUUGUUCAUCGGCCAACCAGGCGUCUUGUGGGGACUGCAUCACUGUUCGUUGAGCGUAAGUUUACUCAUGGUGGGAAAUCUGUGGGUCAUAUUGAAGACGUUGUCGUGGAUCCUUCAUACAGAGGCAGGAAGCUUGGGCAGGCUCUUGUUCUCGACCUUUGCAAUCUUGCCCGUUCACGCGACUGCUAUAAAGUUAUCCUUGAUAGUGCAGAGCCGUCGAUGGAGUUCUAUAAGAAGUUGGGCUUUCGGCCUUUGGAGCGACAACUGAGACUUGAUCUGUAG